UCAAAGAAAUUAGAGGGCCACGACCACACCAGAGAUACAAACUAGCUUGAACUGGAUAAGAGAACUGGAUAAGCUAUCUGUGAAACAGAAACAGAAAUAGCCAUGGCGAAAGCAUUAGCAGUUUAGCCUCAUCCAAUGACUACUCUCACUCUUGCCCCUUCUCUCCCCUGCUCAUCCUCCAAAAAACACCUCCCUUUCAGAUUCAUAGCCCAUGCUUCCACACAACUCUCCCCAGCCUCUCUGAAACAGCAACUUUCCCACCAAAAAACCGGAGUCAUUGUUAUCGGAGCCGGCCUUGCAGGUCUAGCUACCGCAGCCAGGCUAAACUCUCAAAACAUCCCCUUCCUCCUGCUUGAGGCUUCUGAUGCUGUUGGUGGCCGAGUUAGGACUGACGUUGUUGAUGGAUUCCUCCUCGACCGAGGCUUCCAAAUCUUCAUCACUGCGUAUCCCGAGGCCCAAAGACUUCUUGACUAUCAAGCACUGGAGCUACGGAAAUUCUACUCGGGUGCCCGCAUCUACUUUGAUGGCCGGUUCCAUACUGUGGCUGAUCCUUUAUGCCACUUUUUCGAUUCUGUCAAGUCCUUAACCAACCCCAUAGGAUCCGUUAUCGACAAAUUGCUUAUCGCGUUGACAAGGAUUCAGGUCCUGAGUAAAUCGGAUGAUGAAAUCAUGCUUGCUGAUGAGGUUCCUACUAUUGAUCUCCUAAAGAGAAUUGGGUUUUCGGAUUCGAUAGUGGAACGCUUUUUCCAGCCUUUCUUUGGUGGCAUAUUUUUUGAUAAAGAGCUCGGAACUACUUCAAGACUGUUCGACUUUAUAUUCAAGUGUCUCGCUCUCGGCAACAAUACCCUUCCUGCCAAAGGAAUCGGAGCCAUUCCAAAUCAAUUAGCAUCCAAGUUGCCAGCUGAUUCCAUCUUGUUGAAUACAAGAGUUGUUUCUGUUGGUCUAGACGAGGAUCAAAACACACCAAUGCCCUUUGUUAGACUGGAAAAUGGAGAUAUUCUACAAAGCGAGCUUGGAGUGAUUGUGGCUGUUGAAGAACCACACGUUAACGAGCUCUUGGCAGAAAUUAACAGUAUUGGGCCAGUUCAAAGUAAAAAACCUGCUCGCAGUACGGUGUGCUUGUAUUUCUCAGCAGACAGGGAUGAUAUACCUGUUCGAGACCCAGUUCUGUUCCUUAAUGGUUCAGGCAAAGGCAUUGUAAAUAACAUGUUCUUUGCGACCAAUGUAGCUCCAUCCUAUGGUCCACCUGGGAAGGCAUUGGUAUCAGUGACUCUGAUUGGGUUGUUCGAUGAUACAUCCGAUCAUGAUCUAGUAGACGAGGUUAUUUCGGAGCUAUCAGGUUGGUUUGGAGGCUCGAUGGUCGGGUCAUGGAAGCACUUGAGAAUGUAUAGGGUCAGAUAUGCACAACCAAAUCAAUGCCCUCCUACUAAUUUGAUGAAAAACCCUCAAAUUGGGUCAGGUCUAUACUUGUGUGGCGAUCACUUGACUUCUGCUACCUUUGAUGGUGCAUUAGCUUCCGGAAGAAAAGCUGCAGAAGCUUUGUUAAGAGAUAGGGCAUUCAUCAAGGUUUAAUUUGUUCAUUUUAAUUUUCAUCUCUGGGCAUCGUUGAGCCUUGAUGGUACUGGAAUUAAUUCUAAUAAAAUCGAAGGACAUUUUCCUUU